AAAGAAACAAUUUUGAAUUUUUCAAAUUUGUUAUGUUGCAUUUCUAGAAAGAUAAAAAUAUAUAUUUUUAAAGGAUUUUUUAAUAAAAUAUAUACAAAAUGGAGAAAAACAUCCCAAAGAGUCAUGAUGAAUCUUGUAUUUCCACUACGGGUACACCCACAUCCCAACAUUAUUCUGAUUCUUUGGAUAAUAAUCUGAAAUAUAUAAAUUUAAAUUUCGUAGAUAAUUCAGAGUCUUCGAGCCCGGCGAAAGAAGCUUUCUUGGAGUAUCAAAAACUACAAAAUUCCAGCCAGGAACAAACUAGAUUUGAGAAGAAACCAUUACCCAAUAAAAUAUUGCCCACCGCUUUGCCUUUAAAUGGUUUGGAUAAGAACAAAAGUGAAAAGCAAAUUAUUCCCCUGCAGGAAAAAACUCUAUUAGAAAUGGGCUAUAAAGCCAAUGAGGUUGAAGGCUGGGAAAAUAUUGUACAACCGCCCAAAGAAGAUCUUUAUAAACUGUUAAAGAAUAUGAUAGAGAAACAUAUCAAACCUAGUGUUCAGAUACGCAUUGGUGAGGUUACCUUCAAUUGUCACAUGAUGGUGUUGCAGUGUUAUUCAGAUUUUUUCAUGGAAUGGAAUAAUGAAAUUUUAAUACAAUUACCGGAGGAAAAAAUAACUCCUGCUGCCUUUAUGAUGGUCUACGAUUGGAUGUUGUCCUCACAGCCCUUAGUACAGAGAGAAGGCAUAUUGGAACUGUUUAAUGCGGCCAAUUUCUUGCGUAUUAAAGAAUUGAUUAAUCAAUGUUGGUUAUGUCUGGAUGAUGAUGUACGUUUUAGGGAAGAUACUGCCUUUUUGUUGUAUUUGGAGGCUCGUAAUUAUGGCUUGGAAAGUUUGGAAGAAUUAAUGCUAAUGCGCAUUUGUAAAUUCUUCUUAACGCUGGUGGCAUCCAAAGAAUUUUUAACUUUAAACUGCAAAGAGGUUGUUAAACUAUUAAGUUCAAAUACUAUAGGGGUAAAUUCUGAAAUAGAGAUAUUCAUGUCCGUGGUAAGAUGGUUAAGUUACAAUUGGCAGGAGCGUGAAAAAUAUACAUUAGAGUUAAUAAAAUGUGUGCGUUUCAGUUUAAUACCUCCCUGGUUUUUGGUAACCCUAAAUAAAAACACCGAUUGCCUUGAAAUAGAUCGUAUAAUAGAAAAUCCUGAAGUUAAGGAAAUGAUAAGUGAUGCCGUAACUUACACUACCACCCAAUUUUAUUAUGGUGAAAAUCGUGAAGAAUUCUUACACUUCCUAGAGCGUUAUGAAUUAACGGAGCCCAUGCAACGUCAAUGGGUUUUCGAUAAGGAGUGUAACUAUCAUCGUCGUCUCGACUGCCCGAAUAUGGAGUAUGUUACUUAUAAAUCAUUUUUGGAAUAUUUGGAAAUGAUUCGCUCUAUAGGCAAAGAUUAUUGGCGUUCUUUGGAAAUGGAUAAGGGUGCGGAGAAGUCUAUAAAUUGGUUUUUACGUACUAAUUGUCGUAAAACAACGGAACCAAAUCUAGCCACUGUAUUUACUAAAAAGAGUCGUGACCAGGGUAUACAAUGUGCAAGUAGUUUGAAAUAUCGUAAAAGUAAAGAAUGCAAUAAAACAAAUUCAAUUCACAACAAUGUUAGUGGUAAAAAAUCUGUACAUCUCACGCCUCGGGGACAUCCAAGAUAUGUGCCAGCAACAAUAACGACAAUAACAACAAGCAACCAAACAAUAAAUUCUAUAAAUAAUGAUACUACAACGGAAGCGGAAACAACGGUAGAUUUUAAAUAUCCCGAAGAAUCAGAUGAUGUUGAACAGAAUUUUCAUGUAAAUGUAGAAAAACAACCGGAAACUAUAUUAUAUGAUGACAAUAAUCAACAACAGCAGCAACAACUAAAAACGGAAGUAAAUGAACAACAACAGCAACAACAACAAUACAUCAUCGAUAGUUAUCCCUUAAAGCAUAAAUUCUCCAAUAACAUAGAUAAUGAUAAAAAAAUACAUCACCAGCAACAUCAAUUGCUGUCAAAACCAUAUCACAUAAUAAAAAAACAACAAGAAAAAACACUCUUGUUGCAACACAAUAAAACAAACAACACUCACAACAACAAAUGUUGUACAGUGAUUUAUAAACGUGAUGACGACGAUGACAACGAUAGUUUAAUGGCUGAUGUUAACGGUGAUUGUUACACAGGACAGCAGGAGGAACAUCAACAGCAGCAACAACAAAAACAAUGUAUUAUUGGUGAUAAUCAUGAUGUCGAAAACAUAAAACAUAAUAUUAUUGUUGGUGGCUGCAAUGUUAAUGAAGAUUUACUGGAUUCUGGAGAAAAACAAACAACUUCUACUUUCAUUGAUGAUUUGACAAGAAUUUCAAAUCACAAAAUACUAGUGUUUGGUGGCAUCGAUCCUUAUUGUUUGCAUUGUCAACAUGUGCAACAGCAUCAUCAGAAGCUGCAGCAGCAGCAUCACCUACACCAACAGCAAUCAUACAGACUACAAAAACAACUAGAACGACUACAACGGAAACGUGUACUUUCAAUUGAUAGCAUCAUCAUGAAUACUCGUAGUCAUACUCACUACUACUCUUCACAUCCUUCACGUACACAUCCGUUGCAAACUGAAACUCAAUCGCACACCAUCAACGUUGUUGCCAAUAAAAAUUUGGAAAAUUUUGGCGACCAUGUGUUGUUUUACGAUAUUGAUGCCAUGGAAUGGCGACACUUAUCCCAUAUACCAUUUGGUUCGCGUCAUCAUCAUGCAGUUGUUGUUUGCAAUGGUCUAAUUUAUGUUAUUGGUGGCACGAGGACAGCAUGGGGUUGUACGAAAAAAUCGGUUUUUGAAAAAUCCAUUUGGUGUUUUAACCCUCAAACCGUUAAAUGGACUUUAGAAACUAAUUUGCCUGAAUCGCGCAGAGAUUUUGCCGUAAUUGCCAUAGAUAAUGAAACAAACACAUUGUGUAUUGAAAUGCUAGAAGCACAUGGCAAGGGGUUUUAUGUCAUUGGUGGUGAGGGGGUUAAUGGCAAUCCACUUAGUUCAGUGUGGUUUUACAAUAUCAAACGUAAAAUAUGGAUAAAGAAACCUUCAUUGAAUAUGGGACGUUAUGGCUUAGCUGCUGCCAUGGUAAAUAACGAGAUUUGGGUAGCAGGCGGUAUAAUCAAUGACAAUACUGUUGGCAUUUGUGGCAACGGCAGCAGCCACCGAGAAACUAUAAAUGCUACAACAACAACAACAACAGCAGCAACAAAAACAACAACACAUAUAAUCACCGAUACAAUAGAAAUUUACAAUUUAAAAUGUACACAUGGUGAAAUAUUGGCCAAUAAUCAAACAAAAGAAUUCUCGAAUUGUGGUAGUAGUCGUCGAUGUAAAGAAGAAGAAGGAGGAGAUGGUGAAAGCGAUGAGGAUGAAGUAGAAGUAGUUAUUGGGGAUUCUAAUAUAAAUUGUGAAAAUUUGAAAAGUAGACCGGAGAAUGUUGCUGCUACUGUCAAUGUUGAUUGUAAUGUAGGCCAAUGGAUUAAAUCUAAGCUGCAUUUACGUUUACCCCGACUUUUUGGCAAAUUUUGUAAAAUGUCAAAUGGACAAUUGUAUUUGGUGGGUGGUAUUGGUUUUAAUGACCACCUCAAUGAGCUGACAUCCUUGACGGAUAUUGAUGUGUUUAAUGAGGAACAGCAUAAAUGGGAACAUGUUGGUGACCUAAAUUUGGCCAGACAUGGUCAUGAUGUUGCCACACUUAAUGACCAUUGUAUUGUUGUUAUUGGCGGAGUGUCAACAUUUGAGAAAUGUACUUUAAAUAAAGUGGAAACUUUUUGCACAAAAACACGCAAGUCUCUUAAGAAUCUACCGGAUUUACCAUGGCCAGUGUCCGGAUGUGCGGCAGUAACAAUAGAUUGAUGUCAAAACAAUUGGGAAAAAAAUGA